UGCAGAUGGAGCCAGAGCUCCUUUAUCAGCACCAACCGGGCACCAGCAGCGGGAGCUGCUCAGUGGGCAGCAGCAAGUGCAGCCGAGACAAGCGGACUCUACGCUGCUUCGUGAGGGAACACGGCACUGAUGAGGGGACCGUCGCCGACAGCCGUCUCACAGUGCUCCUGGUGAUUACCGCGACACAUCCAUCGACGCGUCGUUCCGCCGGGAUUUCACCGCCGCUCAGAGGGUCUGUCUUUCGGAGGACGUGCCUGUUUUCUGUUUCCUCCGGGAGGCUGAAUGGAAGCAGCAGCCGAGGGAGCGGUCGGGCUGUCGGAGGCCGGGGAAGGGAGCCCUCUAUCCGGGGCCACAGCAUCCGAUGAUGGGGAGACGGUAGUGGGAGUCAGCUACGGGAUGGACGCCGCAGACAUGGAAGCAGCUGCCAGGAAAGCCUUCAUCACAGAGAUGCCCUCAUCUUCUGGCCAGCCUGGCCAAGGAAAGAAGAUUGGCCACAGAGGGGUGGACGCAUCAGGAGAAACGACGUACAAGAAGACCACAUCAUCGGCGUUGAAAGGUGCCAUCCAGUUGGGAAUCGGUUACACGGUCGGCAACUUGAGCUCCAAGCCAGAGAGAGAUGUGUUGAUGCAAGAUUUCUAUGUGGUGGAAAGCAUCUUUUUCCCCAGUGAAGGGAGCAACCUCACUCCAGCCCAUCAUUUCCCAGACUUCCGGUUUAAGACGUACGCUCCUGUGGCUUUCCGCUACUUCAGAGAACUGUUCGGCAUCAGACCGGACGACUACCUGUAUUCCCUCUGCAACGAGCCCCUGAUCGAGCUGUCCAACCCCGGAGCGAGCGGCUCCGUCUUCUACCUUACGAAGGACGACGAGUUCAUCAUCAAAACCGUGAUGCACAAGGAGGCUGAGUUCUUACAGAAGCUGCUGCCUGGAUACUACAUGAACUUGAAUCAGAACCCUCGUACGCUGCUGCCCAAGUUUUUCGGCCUCUACUGCGUCCAGUCGGGCGGGAAGAACAUCCGCGUGGUUGUCAUGAACAACGUGCUGCCCCGCGUGGUCCGCAUGCACCUCAAAUACGACCUGAAGGGCUCCACCUACAAGAGGCGAGCGUCCAAGAAGGAGAGGGAGAAGGCCAAGCCCACGUUCAAAGACCUGGACUUCAUGCAGGACAUGCCGGACGGACUGAUGCUGGACCAGGACACGUACAGCGCCAUGGUUAAAACUCUACAGAGAGACUGUCUGGUGCUGGAAAGCUUUAAGAUCAUGGACUACAGCUUGCUGCUCGGGGUCCACAACAUGGACCAGGCGGAGAGGGAGAGGCAGAUGGAGGGGUCACAGGGCGGCAGCGACGAGAAGAGGCCCGUGGCCCAGCAGAAGGCCCUCUACUCCACCGCCAUGGAGUCCAUCCAGGGCGGCGCCGCCUGCGGAGGGUCCAUCGACACCGACGACACGAUGGGUGGCAUUCCAGCAGUAAAUGGAAAAGGAGAAAGGCUGCUUCUCUACAUCGGGAUCAUCGAUAUUUUACAAUCUUACAGGCUAAUAAAGAAACUGGAGCACACGUGGAAGGCUUUGGUUCAUGACGGGGACACCGUGUCGGUCCACCGACCGGGUUUCUACGCCGACAGGUUCUUCAAGUUCAUGAGCAGCACGGUGUUCAAGAAGAGCUCAUCUCUGAAGUCCUCUCCGUCUAAGAAGGGUCGCGUGUCUUUGUCGGUGCCGAAAUGCGCCGGUCCCGGUGCGGCGUGGUCCGCCAGCCAGCUCGCCUCUGAGAGAGACGAGAACAUCUACGACCUGAGAGGAGCCCGCAGCUUCCCAACGCUGGAGGACGAAGGUCGACCGGAUCUCCUUCCGUGUACUCCCCCGUCGUUUGAGGAGGCCACCACUGCGUCGAUCGCCACCACUCUGUCGUCCACAACGUCUUUGUCCAUCCCCGAAAGAUCCCCGUCUGACACGGCAGAGCAUCCGCGCUACAGGAGGCACACCCAGUCUCUCAGCCACGACGGAAGGACCCAGGAGGAGCUGCGUGUGCGAGAGGAGGACCAGCAGACCAUCACAGUGGAGGUGGAGCUGAAGAGACACGACAGCGAGCCGACCAUCUCUGUCCCACAGCACUCACCUGAAGCCAGUGACCCUCAAGCCGCGGCCGUCGCAGAAGAGGCCACGGCGCCCUCGAGUUCGUCGGCGUGUCCGGAGGCGGCAGCGGCUGCCGGAGAAGAGAAGGACGCCGCUCCGGCUCCACCAGAGCCGGCCGAGGAAGCCCCACCCAGGCCCGAAGUGGUGGUGGUGGUGGAUCCCGACGGGGCCAGCCAGAUGUCCGGAUCGGGCUGCACCAGCCAGGCUUCGGUCGACGAUGAUGACGACGUGCCAGUCUCAGAUAUCUACUUUCUUCCCAACGGGAGCACCUGGGUGGUCGUUCCCUUCAGGCAGAGGAGGAAAUGCCAGUCGCGUUGGCCACCUCCAGAGGACAGGACCUGGGUGUACUCUCCGCUACACUAUGGCUCAGAGUCUAAGACCCUGCCAGAUGGGGAUUGGGAAAGAGAGACAUAAACCCUGGUUUUGUGGUGGAGAGAGACGGAGAGCGAGAGAAAGAGGGGAGUGAACGUCUCGGAAGAGAAGACUCAUCAGUCUGAAGUCCAGGCGGCAACAGCAGAAGCACGAUCUCUGCGUGCGGCAGGAUUGUAAGCAAAUUCCGAGGAAAAAGUGACAUGAACACCUGAGGAGAGAGGAGAAAAAAAAA